UCUUCAUCUAGAUUAGAGUUCUUUUUGCCCCUUCCCCCUCCUUUUAAUGCCUACCAUACCUUCAUGCAACACUUGCUGGCGUGUCUUCUCUUCCCCUAGAUUGUGAGCUUCUGAAAGAUCAGGGCCCCCUCUCUCUUGUGCCUGGUCUGUCCUGUUCUUCCAGCUUGCUUGCUGAAUGAAUGAGUGCUUCCAUGCUUCCUCUGCCCCCAUUCAGUUCAUGGCAAAGCCUUUGGUAUUGUAUCCAUUCAGAGGGAUCAAGGUCUCCACAAGUAACUGUUGUGCCAUCUGUCUCUAGGCUAGGUCCCACCCAGCUGAAAAUCUUCACUUGUGAAUACUGCAACAAGGUCUUCAAGUUCAAGCACUCGCUGCAGGCCCACCUGCGGAUCCACACCAAUGAGAAGCCGUACAAGUGCCCCCAGUGUAACUAUGCCAGCGCCAUCAAGGCCAACCUCAAUGUGCACCUGCGUAAGCACACUGGGGAGAAAUUUGCCUGUGACUACUGCUCUUUCACAUGCCUCAGCAAGGGCCACCUUAAGGUGCACAUCGAGCGGGUACACAAGAAGAUCAAGCAGCACUGCCGCUUCUGCAAGAAGAAGUACUCUGAUGUCAAGAACCUCAUCAAACACAUUCGGGACACGCAUGACCCACAGGACAAGAAGGUCAAGGAGGCCUUGGAUGAGCUCCGCCUGAUGACAAGGGAGGGCAAGCGGCAGCUGCUCUAUGAUUGCCACAUCUGCGAGCGCAAGUUCAAGAAUGAACUGGAUCGUGACCGUCACAUGCUGGUCCACGGAGACAAGUGGCCCUUUGCUUGUGAGCUCUGUGGCCAUGGGGCCACAAAAUACCAGGCACUGGAAUUGCAUGUCAGGAAGCACCCCUUUGUGUAUGUCUGUGCCAUAUGCCUCAAGAAGUUUGUCAGUUCCAUCCGACUGCGCACGCACAUCAGGGAGGCACAUGGGGCUGCUCAGGAGGCCUUGGUCUUUACCAGCUCCAUCAACCAGAGCUUCUGCCUCCUGGAGCCUGGUGGAGACAUCCAGCAGGAGGCCUUGGGGGAGCAGCUGCAGCUGGCAGCAGAAGAGUUUGUGUGCCAGGGGAUGGAUGUGCUGAAAGAGGAGGCUUGUCCUGAGGAGGCUCAGCCUGAGGAGGGCCAGAAGAAGCUGGAGACCGCUGGGGAAGAGCCCACCCCAGCUAUGCCUUUGGCCACUCCCUCAGCUGAAAGUGCUGCCCUGCCACCCUGUGAGCUGGAAACCACUGUGGUCUCCUCAGACCUGCACCCUCUUGCAGUGGUUUCUGAUGACUUUUUGUUGAAAAAUGAUACCUCCUCUGCUGAGGCUCAUGCUGCUGCCGAGAAGGCCUUGGACACCCAGCAUGGAGGCUCAGCUCAGACUCAGGGUGAAGAAGUCACACUACUGCUGUCCAAGGCCAAAAGUGCUGGACUGAACCAGGAGACCCAGUGUGCUGAAAGCCCUCCAGGUGAAGUACAGAAAAUGGAUCCCCCACGAGUCAGUGAAUCGGAUCCUAGCAGAUGUCUCAGGUCAAAUCUAGCCGAAGCCUCGGCCCUCCUUCCUGCAGUGGCUGGGGGUGGGGAUAUUGUCAUGUGCCAUCCUGACUCUUGCAGACCCGCCUCAGAGCAUAGACCUGGCAGCACUGCCUUCAUGAAGGUCCUGGACAGUCUGCAGAAGAAGCAAAUGAACACCAGCCUGUGCGAGAGGAUCAGGAAGGUUUAUGGAGACCUGGAGUGUGAAUACUGUGGCAAACUUUUUUGGUACCAAGUGCAUUUUGACAUGCAUGUCCGCACCCACACCCGGGAACAUCUGUAUUAUUGCUCCCAGUGCCAUUAUUCUUCCAUCACCAAAAACUGCCUUAAACGCCAUGUAAUUCAGAAACACAGUAACAUCUUGCUGAAGUGUCCCACUGACGGCUGUGACUACUCGACUCCAGAUAAAUAUAAGCUGCAGGCACAUCUUAAAGUUCACACAGAGCUGGACAAAAGGAGUUACUCUUGUCCUGUGUGUGAAAAAUCUUUUUCAGAAGAUCGAUUGAUAAAGUCACAUAUCAAGACCAACCAUCCUGAGGUCUCCAUGAGUACUAUUUCUGAGGUGCUUGGGAGGAGGGUCCAGCUGAAAGGGCUAAUUGGAAAAAGAGCCAUGAAGUGCCCGUACUGUGAUUUCUAUUUCAUGAAGAAUGGCUCAGACCUUCAGCGUCACAUUUGGGCUCAUGAAGGUGUGAAGCCUUUCAAAUGUUCUUUAUGUGAGUAUGCAACUCGUAGCAAGAGCAACCUCAAGGCUCACAUGAAUCGUCACAGCACUGAGAAAACCCACCUAUGUGACAUGUGUGGUAAGAAGUUCAAAUCCAAAGGGACGUUAAAGAGUCACAAGCUUCUUCACACUGCUGAUGGGAAGCAGUUCAAGUGCACUGUGUGUGACUACACGGCGGCCCAGAAGCCACAGCUGCUGCGGCACAUGGAGCAGCAUGCCUCCUUCAAGCCUUUCCGCUGUGCUCAUUGUCAUUACUCCUGCAACAUCUCUGGCUCGCUGAAGCGGCAUUAUAACAGGAAGCACCCCAACGAGGAGUAUGCCAACGUGGGCAGUGGAGAACUGGUGGCUGAAGCGCUUAUCCAACAAGGUAGGUGGGAACCAGCUACAGGGCCCUGCCCUGUAGUUCGGGGGCCAGACCUAAGGAAAAGAGCUGCUGGCUUCUAUGGUUCAGUUUUAAUCU